AUGACCUUCUCAGACCAAUGGGAAAAACUUCUUGAGGCCGAGAUUUCUAAAGGUCUCACUGAAAACGAACUGAAAAGUGGGGUGCUGGACUCUGAGAACAAAGAGACUGAAGUCUCUGCCUCAGAACAGGAGAGAGUGAUGUCUGAGUUCAGUGAGAGAAACCCUUCUCCUGGUCGACUUCAUGUCUCUGCAGAACCUCUGAUGGAGCAGAUGGAAGAGAAGCAGGAGAAGUGUGACAUUCUUUCACUUGGAGAACUCAUGUUCCAGUUCAAUUCCCCUGGUGUCCCCCACGAUGAGACUGAAACUCAGCUUAAAACUGAGCAGACCUCGUCUUGUGAACCGGCAAAGAACCAGGAACCAGCCCCUCAGAGCUGCUUGAACCAGGAACCAGCUCCUCAGAGCUGCUUGAACAAGGAACCAGCUCCUCAGAGCUGCUUGAACCAGGAACCAGCUCCUCAGAGCUGCUUGAACAAGGAACCAGCUCCUCAGAGCUGCUUGAACCAAGAACCAGCUCCUCAGAGCUCCUUGACUAAACCUGGCCCUAAGAAGAAGAGGAAGCAGAAACCAGCCAAGAAUCUGCAGGGUGGGCUUGAAGAGCCAAAGACCCCGAUAAAAAGCUUUUCCACAAGCGAACGAGGAAAGUCUCCCCCAAUUGCGCCUGCACAGGCCAGUUUAUCCAGCACCGAGACUCAGCAGGUGAAAACCAUCAGAAACAACUUACCCUCUGAUGAACGAGAGAGGUCUACUCCCAUAGUUAUCAGAUACAGCUCACCCUCUGAUGAACAAGAGAGGUCUACUCCCAUAAAAAUCAGAAACAACUUACCCUCUGAUAAACGAGAGAGGUCUUCUCCCAUAAAAAUCAGAUUCAGCUUACCCUCUGAUGAACAAGAGAGGUCUACUCCCAUAAAAAUCAGAUACAGCUUACCCUCUGAGGAACAAGAGAGGUCUACUCCCAUAAAAAUCAGAUACAGCUUACCCUCUGAUAAACGAGAGAGGUCUUCUCCCAUAAAAAUCAGAUACAGCUUACCCUCUGACGAACGAGAGAGGUCUCCCCCCAUAGCCAUCAGAUACAGCUUACCCUCUGACGAACGAGAGAGGUCUCCCCCCAUAGCCAUCAGAUACAGCUUACCCUCUGACGAACGAGAGAGGUCUCCCCCCAUAGCCAUCAGAUACAGCUUUCCCUCUGAUGCCCCCUUCAUGCCUCUGCACCUGAUCCCAGACCAGGGCUCGACUAAGAUCAUACAGAACCGUGAGAUCUCCUCUCAGUGGGACACCACUCACAUCCACAAUUUAGCGUGGGAGGUUUCCCGACAUAUUCUCCAAGAAAAAUACCUGUUUGUGGCGCAUCCUCUGGUUAUGAAGCUGUGUCAGCAACUAGAGGAACAGAUGUUGGAAUGGAAUGUGAAGGAGAGUCCGAAUCACAACAAAAAAAUUGCUUGUGACAUUUACAGAGACCUGUGCUCAAAGAAAAGGAAUAAAUUGAUGAACUUUUCUGCACUGGUCACAGAAGAUGAAAGCGACACCAUCAUCACAGAGAUCCACAACCAUCUGGUUCGACCAAAGAAGAGCAGCAAGCUGUACUCCUUCUUCCAGUCCAUCCGCCAUGCUCUGUGCAGACACUGUUAA